ACCAUCGCCACGGAAGCGUAUUCUUUGCCUGGUGCUCCCCGGUCACUAGCUAAAAGCUCAUACCCUCAGCCAACUUCAAUCAACAUGAACUUCAGCAAGAUCUUCCUGUUCGUGGUGCUGGCCACACUGCUGCUCGCCGUCGGCCAAACCGAAGCUGGAUGGCUGAAAAAGUUGGGCAAAAAAGUGGAGAAGGCAGGACAGCGAGUAUUCAAUGCCGCUGAGAAAGCGCUACCGGUGGCUACAGGAAUAAAGGCGCUCGGAAAGUGAUGGUGACGCCGGACAUCUUUCUAACGGACAGGCAGUUCCGCAGGCAGUGCGUAUGCGUGCUAUGAACGGUGUUCUCUCUGGACAGAACGACAUGUGUUGCCAUCGUUUCUAAGAUUAUAAAUAAUGUAGAACAAUAUAUAUUUUAAAACUAUUAAGUAUACCACAGUAUCCAACGCCCAGUAACCCAUCGAUCAGAUCAGCUUGAAGAUGUUCGAAAAAGAAUUAAAAAAAUGUACUGUAUGAUCCACGAAACUGCUAGCCGGCAACUCAUUGUGUUUUCGAUUGUUCAAUGCACGAAGAUCCUUGGAAAAGUCGUAUAUACAGGGUGAUCCAUCACGAUCCGUACUAUUUAAAUGUUAAAUAACUCCGCUAUUUGUCAAUCGAUUUUGACAAAUGAACAAGAUUCUGAUACGUCAGUCUAUGCCGUUUUAUCGUGGAUCAAUUUACGUGCUUAUUGUUGCCGUAUUUCUUCUGACUUCUUUCUGUGGGGAUAUUUGAAGAGUAAGGUGUAUGCCCCAGCCUACCGAAGACCAUUGAAGAACUGAAAGCCAACAUCACAG